CAUUCUCUCUCUAAACCACUCAAACUUAAUUAAUAUACUUGAAAAUCUCUCGGCUCUCUCGUGCCUUACAAGGAUAGUUUAGUAGAUAGGAAGCUACAUGCAGAUCUCAGCAGCAAACCCGUAGCUGUACAGUGGCCACCACCAUGUGUCCUGUUAUGAAGGAAAACGGAGCAUACACCACCACCGCCGCCGCCGCAGCCGCCGUGAAAUCUUCCUAUAAUUUUCAUUCAAAUUUUACACCACCAUCUACCAUUUUCAUCAUCUUUGGAAUAUUGUUGUUGUUGGGUCCUUCAAUAUUUUGUCUUGCAGCUGCAGCUAUAACUGCAAGGGAUACUAUAACACCAGGCAAUUCAAUUCGUGAUAUCUACAACGAAACUCUCAUCUCAGCUGGCAAAAAAUUCCAACUUGGUUUCUUUUCCCCUAUGGGAGAAUCAGGCCACCCCAGAUAUAUGGGAAUAUGGUAUUACAUGUUGAAGCCACAGACGAUUGUGUGGGUUGCCAACCCUGACAGCCCGCUAUUCAGUCGAACUGGCGCUUUCACCGUUGCAGAAGAUGAUGGCAACCUCAACCUCAACCUCAAGGAUAUGGACGGAAAUUCCAUUAAUGUCGCUACAGGUCUUACAAACUCACAAUCUUUGUCCAAUAGGACAACGGUAAAGCUCUUGGACUCUGGGAACUUGGUUUUGAGCGAUGAUCUAUCGGGGAUACUAUGGCAGAGUUUUUAUCAUCCAACUGAUACCUUCCUUCCCGGUAUGAUGAUGGACGAUAAUCUAAAAUUGACUUCAUGGAAAAGCGUCAACGACCCUGCAAGCGGAAACUUUGCUUUCGGGAAAUAUCAAUCAAAUAAUUACAUCAUUUGGAAAAGCAACAAAAAAUAUUGGAGAAGUGGAGGGUCUGGUAUCUUUGACAGUUCCGAUCAGAAAUUGCUAUACAAAAUACUCCCACUGUUAUCAAAUUCUAGCAAUGGUAAGAACAUAACAUAUUAUGGUAAGAAUUUAACUAUCCCACCAGUUUUAAUAGGCAAUAUUACGAGGUUGGUGAUGAGCUAUUCCGGGGAACUAAAGCUUUUCAAUUGGGAUAAUGGACAGUGGUCUUUGAUAUGGUCAGAACCGCGAGACAAGUACAGUGUGUAUAAUGCUUGUGGGGAUUUUGGAAGCUGUAAUGGUGAGAAUAGUGGAGUGAAGUACUGUAAGUGUUUGCCGGGUUUUGAGCCAACCUCACCAGAUGAAUGGAAUGCUAGUGAAUUUUCAAGCGGGUGUACUAGGAAGACAACUAUGUGCUUGACGGAUAAGAAGAAGUACACAUUCUUGAAGUUGAAGAAGAUGAAAGUGGAAGGUCCAGAUCCAGACUCAACAUUUGAGGCGAUAAGCGAGGAGGAUUGCGAAAAGGAGUGUGUGAGAGAUUGCAAUUGCCAGGCGUAUUCUUAUAUCGCAUCAUCUGUUGAUGCGCAAAGAGUCCCUAGUACAAACUCAUCUGGGUGCAUAAUUUGGACCUCCCCUCUCAGAAAUCUUCACGAGUCUACUGAAGGUGCUCAUAACCUAUCAGUCCGUGUAGUCCGUACAGAUAUAGAAUUAACAUCAAGAGAUUGUGAGCCUUGUGGUGCUAACAUUCUACCCUAUCCCCUACGCACUGGACAAAAUUGCGGUGACCCAAUGUACAACAAUUUCCGCUGCAACAAGUCCGCAGGACAAGUUGAGUUCCACGAACCAAGCGGCAUCUAUAGAGUUACAAGCAUCAAUCCAGAUAAUCUUACAUUUAUCAUUGAACUUACAGAUACAGUUAAAAAUGCCGAUAUCUGUCGUGCUAACAAUUUUCGUGUCAGUCCAUCAUUACCGUAUAAAGUGAUUGGUAGCUCGUGUAAUGCUAGCUUAGCUGUAGAGAUUAGUUGGGAUCCAGCACCACAGCCGACCUGUACUUCGUUAGAAGACUGCAAGGAUUGGCCUAAUUCAAGUUGCAAUACAACAGCAGAUGGCAAGAGAAGGUGCCUUUGCAAUGCAAACUAUCAGUGGGAUGGCUUGAAAUUAAAUUGUACUACUCAUGGUCAAGGAAAAAAGAAGUCAUUUUCCUUUGUGAUCCAUUUUAUGGUUGUGAUGAUCCUGGUUGUGCUCAUAUGCAUCGGUGGCUAUAUUUGGUACAAAAGAAGGAAGCUAAAACAAAGACAAGAAAGCAGAGAAAGCGUCCAGAGAAAUCAAGCGCUUUGCUUGUUUGAUACUGAAAGACGGGUUAAAAACUUGAUAGAUUCUGGUGAGUUCAAAGAAGAUGAUAGGAAAGGCAUUGAUGUACCAUUUUUUGAUUUAGAAAGCGUACUAGUUGCUACAAAUACCUUCUCAGAUGCAAAUAAGCUUGGACAAGGGGGAUUUGGGCCUGUUUACAAGGGCAUUUUUCUCGGAGGACAAGAAAUUGCUGUGAAGAGGUUGUCAAGUCAUUCGGUACAGGGAUUAAAGGAAUUUAAAAAUGAGGUUGUAUUGAUCGCUAAACUUCAACAUCGGAAUCUAGUUAGACUUUUAGGCUAUUGCAUCAAAGGUGAUGAAAAGAUUUUACUCUAUGAGUAUAUGCCAAACAGAAGCUUAGAUUCCUUCAUAUUUGAUCGAACUCUAUGCGUGUCAUUAGACUGGGACAAACGCUUCGAUAUCAUUUUGGGAAUUGCUCGAGGGCUUCUUUAUCUUCAUCAAGACUCAAGGUUGAGAAUUAUUCAUAGAGAUCUGAAAACAAGCAAUAUUCUAUUAGAUGGGGAGAUGAACCCCAAAAUUUCAGACUUUGGCUUGGCGAGGAUAGUUGGGGGAAAAGAAACAGAAGCAAACACCGCCAGAGUAGUUGGAACCUAUGGCUAUAUGUCUCCAGAGUAUGCAUUAGAUGGAUUGUUCUCAAUUAAGUCUGAUGUCUUUAGUUUUGGAGUCAUUGUACUCGAGAUUGUGAGUGGGAAGAGGAACACCGGAUUUUACAAGUCCCAACAAGCCUUUAACCUUUUAGGUCAUGCCUGGAGAUUUUGGAGAGAAGAGAAGGCAUUGGAUUUGAUGGAUCAGACACUGCUUGAAUCUUGCAAUAGAGGUGAAGUUAUGAAGUGCAUAACAGUUGGGCUUUUGUGUGUACAAGAAGAGCCUAGUGAUCGUCCUAGCAUGCCAAAUGUAGUUUUCAUGCUUGGCAGUGAAACUGCAACACUUCCGAAUCCUAAACCACCAGCUUUUUUGGCGAAGAAUUGGCUUUCUGAUGCACCUUCUUCUUCUUCUUCUUCUUCUUCUAGUAAACCAGAAACAUUCUCCAAUAGUGCGUUGACAGUUUCGGUAGAAGAAGGCCGAUAACUAGUGGAAUUUUUCAUGAAUCAUUACUUAUUCUUAUUAGUUUGCAUCACCAUAUUUAUGAAGUCUAAUAUUUUUUUUGGAAAACAUAGCUUGUAAUUGUGCAAUAUACGGUUACUUUGUUCCAUCAAUGAGGGGAAUAAUUCAUAUUUUAAAUGUUCCCUCUUAUAGGAAAAAACAAAAAAAUCAAUAAAGUGUAGAAUUAGUUGAAUUGAAUUUCCAUUCAACAUGUGAUUCCUU